CUGAGGCUGGACGCCCCGAUGCUGCUCCAGCUACGUGUGUAUUGACGGAUCUGUCGUAUCAAAGUAGGAGAUAGAGCCGUUAACGAUUGUUUCUGGCAGCUGCUGUUUUAUCCCACAUUACUAAAGCAAUGCAGUCCCAGGGCAGCACUUCCUCCCAGCCCUCCUUCGAUUCCCUGAGCUCGAGUGACAGCCUCUUGUUCAGCGACUCGGAGCAGGCCGAGGACGACGCGGACGUCUUCCUGACGGACAGCUCUUCCUCCGGCGUCACCGGCGGGGCGGUCGGGGCCGAGGCCAGCGGAGGCAGAGGGUCGGAGAGCCCCGGGUCCCAGUGGACGUGCGAUGACUUCGCUGAUAAAGAGGAAGAGGAGUCAUACAGGCCGAAGAGCGGCAGCAAUACAGCGCACGUCAGUUUGGACAAGACGGAUCCUACAAGCCAGAUCCCCAAAUCACAGGGAGACCUGCUGUUUGCUCAAAAGUGUGCUGAGCUCCAGGGUUUUGUCAGGCCCAUGCUGGAGCUGCUGAAUGGACUGAAGAGGGGCCGAUUCGAUCGAGGUUUGAGUAGUUUCCAGCAGAGCGUCGCCAUGGAUCGAAUCCAGAGGAUUGUGGGUGUUUUACAGAGACCCAACAGCGGGGAGAAGUACCUGAACACUCUGCUCCAGGUGGAGGGGAUGCUGAAGCUUUGGUUUCCUCAGAUCCACCCUGAGGUUGUCUCUGCAGUCUCCAGCGUCGCCGCAUCCCCCGCUACAUCCCUCCAUGACGCGCUUCGCUCCACCCCGCCUCACAAACACAGGGAUCAGUUACACAUUCCCGUCAAGAAGCGCAGACUCAGCUGGACCGGUACGGACUCCCCCACGCCUUCCCCCGUGCUUCUCAAGUGCCCUCGUGUUGGUGCAGAAGAGAAGAGAGUGAAGACGGAUUGUGACGGCACUCCUUCUCCAUCGUUGGCGCCCGAUGCAAACCAAAAUUCAGCAGAUGUGGCCGGCGACGACCAGCUAAAUGAGGACACAAAGGGAAAAGACAGGGACGGCGAGGACCUCGGCAAGCAAUCAAAAUACAAAGCGGGUCAAAGCUCUGAGCCGAGCCUGACCUGGGUUCACGUCGCCCCCAUCCUGUCCCCACGAAAGGCCUGCCCUACACACGAGAGCACAAUGGUGGCCAGUAACAAUGAAAAGCAGCCCGUCUCUCGGGUCCUCCCGCUCAGAAGGAAGGGCAGUCCAGAGACACAAAACAGCUCCAUCUCUUCUACCACACAAUACAAGCACCCCAAAAAUCUGAAGAAGCCAAUCCAGUGCCAAAGCCAGCCUAUCACUGGAGAACAGAGCGAAAGCGAGACCGCCGAGACAUGUCAGGGUCAAAAUCAAGCUCCUCUUGUCCCGCCUGCGCCUUUGCCAGUGGUGUGCACCACCCCCCCGUAGACCUGAUGCAUUGAACAAGCAAAGAGCCGGCAGCCUUUGCUGGUUUGGGUUUAAAGCUGCUGUAUGAGAAAGAAGAGGCUGAAGGCCCGUGAUUUUAAAUGCAUUAAAGGGAGGAAGGGGAGGAAAGAAUUGUAGGUGAUAAAGGUUGAAGACAAAGGACAGAUCAUACAAAACCCCUCAUCAGAGCCACAUUUGCAACCAAUAUUCAGGGCAUACCGUGUUUUAAAUGAACUGAAACCAAUAGAGUUGAUGAUCACAAUUGCGUAAUAAUCUAAACCUGCACGAAAGCAGUUGUGGUUGAGGGGAUAGGAAUGGACACUUAAAGCUGAGAGGCUUUUUUUUUUUUUUUUUUUUUUUUAAUGAAAUGAUCAUAGGAGAGAUUUUGAAGAACUACGAGGAGCAAAUAAUAGUUUCUCCUCAGCAUGAAAGCAAUCACUGUAUUCAGAGACGACUUGUUUCUGCAGACGUCACACUUGAGGGACGCACUCAAUCCAAAAUUAGAAAAGCUGAUGUCAACAUUCAGAACGAAAGCUUCCGAGGUUUAUUUUGAUGAGGUAACUUCAACACGGGGCGAGCUGAAUGUUUUUGAUGUCACCUUCACUUGUAGAUAGACUCGAGGAAGCGUAACACUGAAGUCAUCGAGAGUCUUGUAGCUAGAAAUGUGAGAAACGCGGUGUACAGAAUGCAGCGUUACACUGUACGUGUGGUGUGUUAGUCAUCUGACUUGGAAAACAAUGAUCAACUCACGAAUGUAAUCCAACAACUGUUUGGGCGAUCGAGAGGCGUGUCAUCACAGCAACCGGAGGGAAAUUCUUUUUUUUUUUUUUUUUCUUGUCAUGCUGAGGAUCAGGUGUUUCUAAACUGACCAGAACUCGGUGUCAUAACAAUCCAAGAAAGACUUUGAAAAGACCAACCAGAAGAGAAAAACACACGGAUCACUCAAAGACGUACGACUCUCGAGUCCCACAGUUAAUUUAUUCAUGUGUUGAUCGGACACUGCAUUUAUUUAUUGUUUGUAUUUAUUUAUUGGGCAGCUGGUUAUUGCCUGCUGUGCGCUUGCAUAGUUUGGCCUACACUUGUUUUGAGGGGAUUUGGAAGUUGCUGUUGACAGUUUGUGGUUUUUAUUGCUAUCAUAAGCAGGGUAAAAACGAAGGAAGUGAAAUGUUAUGAUUGGACUAUUUGACUACUGUGCCUUUUUUUACCAAAUAGGAUGUGUUCAGAAAAAACAUUUGGUGCUUUCAGUGCAUUCAUACUGCUUUUUGAUUGUUUGCUUGAGUUUCACAAAACCAGUACACAUUCAAUCAUGAAAGCCUACAUGUAGUCAUUUUCAUUUUGCUUCUGAAACCACACAGCAUCCAAACCAACAAUCUAUCUACUGCUUAAAAACCCUGGCGUCCAGCUCUACUAUUCACACAUCUACAGAGACAGGAACUGGCUACAUGUCCAACCUUAACACACACACACACACACACAGCAGUGGCUACUAUUUGUCAGGUAGUACUAAAGUGUAGCCUCCUUUUUGGAGCUUUUUUUUCUUCCUGAUCAAUAGAGGAACAGACUGGACCGCAUGUGAAGCUGGUGCCCUUGAAAAAUAUAAUUGUAAUGGAGGAAAUCUUGUAUUUGCACCACCCUCUACUGCUGCUAUUGUUAUUUUGAAUCCAGUUCUAAUUUACGUGUUUGAGAGGAGAAAUCUGCUCACAAUAUUCUUCUAAAUGUAGGAGGGGUUUUAGCGAUGUCACUAUUGCAAGUAUUGUAAAUAUUUAGACUAAAAUAUUUUUUAAAUUGGUAUGAGUGGUUCAUACACUAUUUACAUAAAUAGAGAGGGGGGGGGGGGGGGGUAUCUA